AAUCCUUACUUUGGAUUUUUUGGAUAUCAUGGAUUUGGGGGCCGUCCUCCUUAUUAUUCAGAAGAGAUGUUUGAACAAGAUUUUGAAAAGCCAAAAGAAAAAGAUCCUCCCAAAACAGAGACUCCAGCCACUGAACCUUCAGUUAAUACAACAGUUCCUGAGACAAAUUCUACCCAGCCAAACGCACCCAAUCCCCGGGGAAAUGACACCAGCCCAACAGGAAACAGUGGCCAGGGGCCUAACCCUAGAAGCAACCCUACAGGUCAAAACGGCCCUGGAGUUAAUGUUUCAGGCCAGGGAGUUCCAAGAAGUCAAAGCCCAUGGGGACCAAGGCAGACAAUUAUUCAUGAAAAUUAUCCAAAUCCUAACAUCCGAGGUUUUCCUGCAAGAAGACAAUGGCGUCCUCCUGGUCCUGCUAUGGGGCACAGGCGUAAUGGGCCUUUUUACCGAAAUCAACAAAUUCAAAGGGGUCCUCGGUGGAACUCUUUUACUUUGGAAGGCAAACAAGCAGUUCGUCCAGGAUAUCCAACAUAUCGCAGAAUUUAUGGUUCUACUGCAAGAAGCAAUCCCCCCAAUUAUGCAGGAAAUUCAGCGAAUCUCAGAAGAAAGCCUGAGGGGCCAAAUAAGAACCCUAUGGUAACCAAUGUUGCUCCUCCAGGUCCCAAACAUGGUACUGUUGACCAAAAUGAAAACAUCCAAAAUCCAAGAGAGAAGCAAGUAAGUCAAAAAGAAAGAACAGCCAUUCCCACAAGGGAUCCAAGUGGCCCCUGGAGAAACUCUCAAGACUAUGGGAUUAAUAAAUCAAACUAUAAACUGCCUCAGCCGGAGGAUAACAUGCUAGUCCCAAAUUUUAAUUCUAUUGAUCAACGUGAAAACUCUUAUUACCCAAGAGGGGAGUCCAAAAGAGCCCCAAAUUCUGAUGGACAAACCCAAACCCAAACCCAGAUUAUUCCCAAAGGGAUUGUUUUAGAGCCAAGAAGAAUCCCAUAUGAAUCAGAAACUAAUCAGCCAGAAUUAAAGCACAGUGCCUAUCAGCCUGUGUACACUGAGGGAAUCCCUUCCCCUGCAAAGGAACAUUUUCCUGCUGGAAGAAAUACUUGGAAUCAACAAGAAAUCUCUCCACCUUUUAAAGAAGAUCCUGGGAGGCAGGAAGAACACUUACCUCAUCUUUCUCAUGGCUCUAGAGUACAUGUUUACUACACUGACUAUAAUCCCUAUGAUCCUAGGGAAAACUCACCAUACCUUAGAAGCAAUACAUGGUAUGAAAGAGAUGAUUCUCCCAAUACCAUGGGGCAACCUGAAAAUCCACACUACCCCAUGAAUACUCCAGACCCAAAAGAGACAAUCCCGUAUAAUGAAGAAGACCCAAUUGAUCCAACUGGAGAUGAACAUUUCCCAGGACAAAGUAGAUGGGAUAUGGAGGAGUUGAGCUUUAAAGAAGACCCAACAGUCAGGCACUACGAAGGUGAACAAUAUACCUCAAAUCAGCCAAAAGAAUACCUUCCCUAUUCCUUAGAUAAUCCAUCAAAACCCAGAGAGGAUUUUCUUUAUGGUGAAUUUUACCCCUGGAACCCAGAGGAGAACUUCCCAUCAUAUAAUACAGCUCCCACUGUACCAUCACCUGUGGAGAGCAGGGGCUAUUAUGCCAACAAUGCUGUUGGACAAGAAGAAAGCACUAUGUUUCCUUCUUGGAGCUCCUGGGAUCCCAGGAUUCAAGCCCAAGGGCAGAAAGAAGGGAGACCAUAUUUAAACAGAAAUUUCUGGGAUCAGUCAACAAAUUUAUACAAGACCCCUACUAGUUCACCACACCAGAAAGACAACCAGCCUUAUUCCAAUAACUCCCCAGCUGGUCUUCAGAAAAAUCCAACAUGGCAUGAAGGUGAGAAUUUGAAUUAUGGUAUGCAAAUCACUAGGUUAAAUUCACCAGAGAGAGAUCAUUUGGCUUUCCCAGAUUUAAUUCCUCCAGAUUACCCAGGAGGUCAAAAAGAAUCACAUGUCUUUCACCUAAGCCAGAGGGGCCCUUGCUGUGCUGGUGGCUCCAUGUGGCCCAAGAACAAUCCACUUGCUCUACAAGACUAUACUCAAUCCUUUGGUCUUGCACCAGGGGAGAACCCAGACACCAGCACUGGGUAUGCAGAAGAUAGUCAUAUUAAGUAUGCAAGACAGACUGUCUCCCCGACAAGCAUUGUACCUGGCCAAAGAAACAGCUCAGAGAAAAUACUGCCUGGAGAAAGUCAAAACCCAAGUCCUUUCAAGGAUGAUGUGUCCACUCUGAGGAGAAGCACACCAUGCUCUGUAAAGAGUCAGUUGAGCCAAAGGGGAAUUAUGCCCUUGCCUGAAGCCAAUUCCCUUCAAUCAAAGAAUACACCUUGCCUCACAAGUGAUCUUGGGGGAGACGGAAACAAUGUUUUGGAACAAAUAUUUGAAGGCAACCAGCUCAAUGAAAGAACUGUUGACCUUACCCCUGAGCAGCUUGUUUUUGGUACACCUGACGAAGAGCCCAGGCCAGAAGGAAUUCCAAAUGAAAUGCAAGGCAAUGAGAGUGAAAGGCAGCAACAAAGACAAUCUAGCAUCCUACAGUUACCAUGUUUUGGCUCCAAAUUAGCAAAUUAUCACACCUCUAGCAUUGGAACCCCAUCUAGCCUUGGAAGGCAAGACUCAUUUGAUGGGGAUCCAAUUAUGCCUACUGAAACUCCUAACUCUUUGGCGGGGCUAGCUACUGGGGCACAGUUUCAGAAUAUAAAUGUAGACCCACUUAAUGAAGAUGAACACACUCCAUUUGAUUCUCUUCAAAUAGGGACCAAUCCACAGGACCAGGUGCAAGAUUGCUUAUUACUUCAGGCCUAGGGAUUAUCUCAACCAAACAUUCUUUGGGGAAGGAAAAAUAUCUGCUAUUCUACAGUGGUUUCCAGAUAUUUUCUGGUGUAAAACUCAAUUAAGUAUCUCACGCUCUUGGUGAUGCUUAAGUUUUUCGCCAUUCCGGCAAUAGUAGGUUGGGCCUCUGGGGUUUGCUAGAUCCUGUACUGUUACUAAUUAACACAGACCUAAUAUGAAUGAAUAAAUAAAUAUUUUUAAAAAGCA